AUGAACUGUACCGAGCAGACAUAUGAGCGAGGAACACCCUUUUGUCGACAAGCGGAUUGGAAAGAUGUCGUCAGGUUCAUGAUCCUUAAUUUCGCACUCCAUGCAGUCACCGUCAUUACUCCGCCAGGAAGCAGUAUAAUCAUCACUGUUUUCAAUACCUUUUCUUCUAUUUUGAUGCCUGCGGUGGGGUUUGAUGCGUCCUUCAAGGUCCUUUAUCGUAUGGCAGUUCUAGAAACAACGCACCUUCGUGUGGCCUUGAGGUCAGAAGCACUUUGUAUGCUAGUACCAUCAGAUCCGUGUACCCGGAAGGGUCCCGACAGUAGUACGAGUCCUGCUCACGGGCAGACUAGGUCUGCAUCGACGUCGGCCACACGCCGUCUAGAUUCUGAGAAAGAUGAUUCUGAAACAGAUUCUCCGGGAGCACUAGAAGACAAGAUUCAGCCGGCAAUAUCGGGCCAGGAGGUAGUACCCAGUGGAGCUCCGUUGGUGAACUGGGAGGAGUACGCUGUUUAUCCGAGAGCAUAUCGUCCCGUUAUACCUCUGUACACACAGGUACACGGCCAGUACCCGACCGACAUCAAAGUUCCUGGACAGAAAUACCUAGCUACUCAUAACAAGGAUAGGGAACGUAAGCCUAAUCCGGAGGCCGAUGCAGUAGACUACAAUACCCCGUCUCACGCCGAUUACUCUCUGAUAUACGUCCCACAUUGGUUUGAAGUCCACCCGCUGGCAAAUCAUUCCCCAAUUCCCACAGAGUGGGAGAAAGUCAAGAGGUGGUGGGCCGGGGAGAAGGUGAAGCCACCACCCGGGAGCAUGGAACCUUCAACGCUUUCCUCCAACUAUAGCUUUGUCAAGACAUGUGCCGCUAUGUUCCAAAUAGUCUACGCAUCCUUUGAGCUUUAUAUGGGAAGUAAGCGUCAGAUUGUUGGUUAUGGAUAUGCAGCUUAUUCACUGGCUGUAAUCCCGUACAUUCUUAUGUCAUUAACCAAUUUACUGGCGAGUCUCACCGCACCACGCUAUCCCGCGAUAUAUAUUGUUAAAUAUGGAGGGCUAAAGCCCCCAGGGAAAUAUAAAAAUGGAGAAACUAGACGGACAGGAGAAUCGUCGAAGACCGGGAAGAUAGCUCAGGGCCAGAGUGAAAUAUCAGGGACCGGCGGUGAAGCUGAGUGGCCGCAAGGAUGGUGGACACCAGAGGAUAUGGAGGAAGUCGAGGGGAAGGUUACCGGGGCGGUCGGCAUAGCCUAUGGAGACUUUAGGGGGCGGAGGGGAGCAGAACGACAAGUGGAAGGCGAGGAGGCGGGGGGUGCGAAUUGGCGGACUGUCGUAAGCGUUCCCUAUCAUAUUGACUCAACAUCAAUGAUAAUAGAACGAGCUAAAAUUUAA